ACAUCUUAAUAUAUUCCUGUGUUAAUACCCUCACAAGUCACAACAUAAUGUAAAAAUCUUCCAUAAAAGAUUAAAAAUCAUAUGUACCUUCUUGAAGAAAUGGUCAUCAGAAAUUAAACUACACGCAUUCAUAAACGUGGGUAGUUGUAAUUGAUGUUUCUUUAAGAUGUCUAUUAAAAACUUUUCUUAUGCAAAGAGUACUGAUCUAAAGGGUAUAUAUAUAUUUUUUUUUAUGUAGGAAAAUCUCUCAAAGACAGGAUCCUAUAGAUCUAUUCCUACAGAAUAAACUCCGAUCUCGUGCAUCGUACCCUCGAAAGUUUUCAUACACAAAUUGAUUAAAUAGUUAAUUUUUCAUUAAGAAUGUGGCUCCUAGAGAUUAUUUACACCUAAAAAAAUUUAAACCUUGGACUUGGAAGAGCAUACCCCCGAGUCCAGAGCCGUUACCACUUUACAACCACUAAGGAUGUAAAGGGUAUAUCUGACUAUGCAUGGGAUGCAAUAGUAUGAAAAUUUUGUAAAAUCCUGACAUAGGAAUCAUUUUUCUGGAUUAACAUUAUCAACAGCUUUAGCCAUUCCCUCAAAUCUAUGCAAGAUUAACGUCCGGAAUGUUGCAUCAUUUACUGAACCUUCAGCCACUAACAUGUGCAGAGGUUCACCCAAUAACAAUGCAAGUAAUUUUCCUGAAAUUUACGAGAGCCCUCUUCACAAUAGGCAAAAGGGCCCUGCUUUUUAAUCAGGUUCGAUUCGUGCAUAUUGUGAUAUUAAUAAAAAACUAAUUUACAUCUGAAAUCCACAGAUGACUAGAUUCUGCAGAUUCAAUUCAGCAAAUCUACAUAGGGCAAAUACUUCAAAAACAAACAGAAAACAUGAUUCUGCUAUGUUGAGAACCCAGAGAGUUGGUACACGUAAGGAUCCAGUACAUCUCCUUAUACAGAGAAACACGGUUGAGACUUAGCAGUGAGAAGAGAAGAAGAAGACGACGGAAGAAAGCUUUAUUCAUUCACUUUCUGCUGCUACUCUCGACCGUGAUUACUCUUAUAAACAGAAGUAAAGGAGCCAGAGCGUGUUGGCCAGAUGUACCAAAGAAGAAAACGAACGGAAGGAGUUGAGACCGUGCCUGUGUUCAGGGAAACUACGUAUUUAUAGGCAAAGAAACCCUAGGUGCUUGGUGACUGGUGUAUGUUUCUAGUAAAACCCUAGCCUUGGGCAGACUCGAUGUGGCAUUUUAUUUGGCACCGCUGAGAUUCUGAUCUGACGGUGACGGUAAUAGUUUGCCUUAAAAUGGAAAUUAUUGGGUGCCCGCCCGUGUUUGUGAUUCAUGUGAACUUCAAUCCUGUAUAAAUAAUUAAUUUUUUUAUUAUUAUUAACGUGUUUUAUUAUUAUUUAUUAUUGGGCUUGUGAGGAUGAAAAUUGAAGUGGUUGUUCUACUACGGUCAUGCUGCUCAGUGUCCACUAAAAACUGAAAGCUCCUCUUUCAGAUGUACCUUUAGCAUUGAAAGUCCUGAAUUCUCUCUCUUUUCAUGUUGCUAAAAAUUGCUAAUUCUUCUGCCUCGUCUUCGUCUUCUUCUUCAAGACAUGCAAUUCGAAAGGGAAAAACCCAACACUCCCUUUACUCUCUUCGCAAAACUCCACUUCGAAAUUCUUCCUCUAAUUCCAUUCCCAUAAACAGUAAGGGUUGCAAAGCUCAUGUGACUCCAACCCAGUUCGAAUAUUACGUGAGGGGUGUGUGUAAAUCAGGUAAAAUAAAGCUCAAUGAUGCGAAGAGAUACUUUGAUAGAUUGGUUCAAGAACAACCCGUUCCGGCAAUCGAUACGUUUAAUCAUGUAUUGGGGUCGGUUUCCAGACUGAAAUGCUAUUCAGAUGUGUUUCUUAUGUAUAGGAAGUUGAAUUGUGUUGGUAUUGAGCCUGACUUGUACACUUUGAACAUUUUGAUUAAUUGUUGUUGCAACUUGAAUGUUGUGGAUUAUGGAUUUGGGCUGUUUGGGGAGAUUGCGAAGAGGGGGUUUGAGCCGGAUGUGGUGACAGUCGGUACUUUGGUUAAGGGUUUAUGUAACGAUGGUAGGGUUCAUUAUGCGCUUCAACUGUUUGAUAAACUGUGUGAGAAGAGACUUGGAGAGAGUGAGAUCAUAUAUGGGACUCUUAUUGAUGGAUUUUGUAAAAUGCACGAGAUUGGUCGAGCUUUGGAGAUGCAUAGAAGGAUGGUGAAGGCAGAGUGCAAGGUGAAUGUGCUAACUUAUGGCAUGAUCAUCGAUGCUCUUUGCAAAGAUGGAUUGAUUAGUGAAGCGAUGGAAAUGUUCUCGGAGAUGAUCGAUGCGGGCAUUCAUCCAGACGUUGUUGUCUACAGUUCGUUGAUUGAUGGAUUUUGUAGUUUAGGACGAUUUAAAGAAGCUGUGAAGUUGUUUAAAGAAAUGGUCGGUCGCGAGAUUUCUGUUGAUCUAGUCACUUAUAACACUUUAAUUCAUGGUUUUUGCCAGUCAGGUUUGUGGAAAGAAGCCACUAUAAUUUUUAAGCAAAUGGUGGGACAAGGAAUCUGUCCCUGCGUAGUGACAUUCACGAUUCUGAUAGAUUGUCUAUGCAAAGAGGGGAAAAUGGCAGAAGCUUGUGGCAUAUUUAAGUUGAUGAUAAAGCAAGGCAAGGAGCCUAAUUUAUACACUUACAGUUCAGUCAUGAGUGGUUUAUGUUUGGUGGGUCGGCUGGAUGAUGCAGAAAAGCUGUUUAACAUGAUGGUGGACAAGGGUCUUAAGCUCGAUGUUGUUAGCUAUAACGUGAUGAUUAGCGGCUAUUGCAAGAGUUGGAAGACCAAUGAAGCUAUUCAGCUCUUUCAAGAAAUGCAAUGCAAGGGAUUGAAACCCACUGCUGUAAGUUACAACACGCUUAUAGGAGCACUGUGCCAUGCGGGUAGAGUUAGAACUGCGCAUAAAUUAUUUAAAGAAAUGCAGAGUUCUGGCCCUUCUCCAGUAUUUGCUACGUAUUCUGCUCUAUUGGGUGGACUCUGCAAAAAUGGACAGAUUGAGGAGGCAAUGGAUCUGUUGCAGUCCCUAGAGAGUACCAAAUCUGAAUCUGGUAUUCAAUUUUUUAAUUUACUAAUUGAUGGGAUGUGUAAGGCUGGUAAAUUGGAAGAAGCGAGGAAAAAGUUGGAGGAAAUCUCAAGCAAUGGCUUGGUUCCUAAUGUUUCUACUUACAACAGUAUGAUAGAUGGCCUAUGCAAGAAAGGAAUGUCAUUGGAGGCUUGUGAGUUGCUUAUGCAAAUGGAGGAGAAAGGUUGCUUACCAGACUCCAUUUCGUUCAAUAUCAUGAUUCAGGGUCUUCUUCGAGAAAAAGAGGUCCAGAGAGCGAUGCAGCUCCUUGAGGUAAUGCGAAAGAGGAACUUUUUACCCAAUGAAGCAGUCACUUCGAUGUUGAUACACGUUGCCAUGGAUGAUGAACAAUCUUGUGCAAUGCUCCAGUCACUUCCCACGUUCUUGGAAACUUCCUCUUAAGCACGACUCUGGUCAAUCUAUGCCUUCCAUUCUUCUUUUACUCCUUCGACAUGUAAAGUUACUGAUGCUAGCUUUCCUUAGACAUGUACAGUGGCGCAUAAGCUUGCUUCCUGCUUUUUUGCUUGGUCAAAUUUACACUGUACAUCCCUGAAGAAGUAUCAAAUUCCUAUUCCUUUCUCCA